AUGGAGCCUGAGGUCUCGGAGACUGAGUUCUGGACUGAACUUCAAGCGAUCGUCUCCAAGCCCUGUGACUCCGAAGACCAGAUCGACGACGCUCUCCGAGCCUAUCUCGAUCUAGCAACCCAACACAAAGAUGAAUACCUCCGGUCGGAAACAGAUUUCUCGCGCUGUUCCUACAAGCUAUUUACAUCGAGUAUCUUCGCCACACAUGCGGACUACGUGCGACGACAGAUUCUCUACGGUCUUCUGCAGGACGACGACCCGGAUACCCUCCACUUCAUUGCGUCAUUCAUCCUCUUUGACGGACGACAGAAUGAAGUCGUGCUUCAGAUGCUGAAUGACGAGGGCGCGUUUGCGCGGCUCCUCGAGCUCAUACAGGCGAUGCGGAGGGCGGAUCUGGACGGCGACGCGGGUCUUCAUCGUUUGUUGAUGGACCUUGUGUAUGAGAUGUCGAGGAUACAAAGGGUCAAAAUUGAAGACUUGGUUCUCGUGGAUGACGAUUUCAUUCGCUGUCUCUUUGAUAUCAUCGAAGAUCUCUCUUACGAUGUUACCGACCCGUAUCAUUACCCCGUGAUCCGGGUGCUGCUGGUUCUGAAUGAGCAAUUCAUGAUCUCGGCUCACAACCCGGUGGACGGCCGGCCCUCUGGUCAUUUGACCAACAAGGUUAUCAAGGUCCUAUCAGUAUAUGGUGGGAUGUAUAAGACAUUCGGGGAGAACAUCAUUCUUCUUAUCAACCGCGAAGCCGAGACGUCCCUUCAAUUGCUUACAUUGAAGCUUCUCUAUCUCAUAUUUACCACCCCUAGCACAUAUGAGUACUUCUUCACGAACGAUUUACACGUUCUGGUCGAUAUAUUGAUCCGGAACUUGCUCGAUCUACCCGAGGAGGCCGCCGCUCUGCGGCAUACUUACCUGCGUGUUCUUUACCCGCUUCUAGCUCAUACACAGCUACGAUACCCACCGCACUACAAGCGUGAUGGACUUCGAGGGCUACUCAGCGUCCUUGUUCGGGGACAAGUCUCAUAUGGGAACGACGCAGAACACGAGAAAAUACUGCAUUUUGAAGAGGUCGAUGAAACGACACGUCGACUUGUCGCCCGGUGUGCGACAGUGGAUUGGCUACGUAAUGUUGAACAGCUUGACGCCGCAGAAACGCAAGAUACUCCCACUCAAGAGACAACAACUACAAUUGAGACUGUCCUAGAACAAGGCGAGCGGCAUGCGUCACCCGUAGAUAUCGGCGAACCACUCGACAUUUCUCACACACUCUCACGAUCAAGCACAGUCGCUAGCUCAACUGAUACCGCAUCACCAACGCGAACGGACUCGUAUAGUUCGUCUAAUACACCGGGCAGUCGGAAACACAGCUUAAUCAACCGGCUCGGCAUGAACCUAGAGCCCGCAUCCGCAUCUUCACUGAGCGUUCAGGCCGUUGCAGCACACCACGAAAAACCAGGCAUAAUCACCCCCAGCCGCAAAGAUGGAGUCCCUGUCGCCGCUCUCAGUGACGAGACGCCAAUAAUCCGACCACCAAAGGUCAAGCCAGAACCACCGAAAUCUCGACGCUGGCGCGGGCGCCGUAUGGCCGUGGAUGAAGAUGAGCACCACUCUGCUGGCACAAGCAGUGACAGGAACACCAUCCCCGAAGGCAUCGAAGUCAGUCCCACCACCAUUAUCACCGCCAGCACACCACCACUACAGACACAUAGCAGUGAUCGCGACUCCGGCUCAGGUUCCACUCUCACAACUUCAGGUCCACCGCGACGAUCUGUAUCAAACCCACCCCCGGCCCUCCCGCCACCACGCCGUUCCAGCCAUAACACACCUUCAUCAAGUCACCACCGACCCGUCCCAGCAGCGGGAACAAGCCGACAUGGCCAGGCUCCACUUCCGCCAAAAGCGCGCCGUUGGGGACGUGGCAAACCCCAGCAUGGACAGAGUGACUCGGUCGAGAGCGGGGCCAGCAGUGUUAGUCCAUCGAAGGAGCGUGAAACUGCUGAAAACACCACCGUGCUUGCUCAGCAAGAGCUGUCACAGUCACCAGAGCACAGCGUUCUUUCAGAUCCGUUCUCGCCAAAGUCCCCCACAUUGGUGAUUUCGCCGAUCGAGGUUACUGCAGACAAGACAGAUGUCCCAGCCGACGGUGCUGGCGACGACCAUGUGCAUCUCAGUGUAGAGGAGGCGGUGCAGAAUGUCUCCCUGCAGUGA